UUGACUUCACAUCAAAACAAACUUCACGGAUUCCAUCGUCCUGUGAGGGAUUCCGACAGAAUGAACCACCGGCAGCUCAGUGCGUCUCCUAACGAGACACCACAGGCCUGGAUCCAGAUGUGAUGGCCACACUCAGGGAGAGGUGGAUUCUGUCAGUCUUGCUGGUCCAUUUACAGACUUGUUUAGCUGCAACAGGCCCUCCUGCUCCUCCCUCUGAUCCUGACUGCUAUAAGCCAUGUGAUGAGAAAGGCUGCAGUUCAGAUAUCCACUGUACUUGUGAUCCAGGACCGGACCCUCAGAUAUCCACCAAUUACAGCCUGCACUGGGAGCCAACAAACGAACAGGGGCAUGUGACCUGUCAGACCAGCUCAAUAAGUGUUAUCCAUCGUCAAUACUUCAACAACCAUGGAGAACUUUAUGUAUGGGUGGAGGCUAAGAACAAGCAUGGUUCUGCCAAAUCUAGGGAGAAUGUCUUCAACACAGCAGAUAUCAUCAAGCCACCCCCUCCUAAUAUCACCCUGGGACAGCAGGAGCCAUUAAAGAUUGAGUGGCAUUCCUUCUGUGUUGAGCUGCAUCUCUCCAUGGGAACCUGUGACAUCCGAAAUCGGGUUGAGGGAAACCAAGUUUGGCCUGAGCAUGAGGUUGGAUACCAUCACUCCUAUACACUUGAAAGCCCCCUGCCUGACACAUUCUAUGAAUUUCAAGUUCGUUGUUACUGUAGCGAAGGGUUAAUAAGUGACUGGAGUACAAGCCACAGGAUAAGGAGUGCGGAGAAAGCCCCUGUUGGCAAGCUUGACAUAUGGAUGGACUGUGGGCUGUUGCCUGCAAGCUUCGACUGUUCUCUUACCUGGAAGACGCUUCCUUUAUCUCAGGCAUGCGGUGCUAUUGUGGGAUAUAAAGUUAAAUUGUUUUACAAUAAUUCCACAUCGACACUGCUGAAUUUGUCUCCAGCUGAGACAAGAGGCCCUACCUACUCUCUAAAGGACGUAUCAUCAGUCAGUGCAUCAGCCCUCAACUCUCGUGGUGCUACUGCUCCCUCUCAUCUAGCUAUGCAAAAACCAGGCAAAGAUGAAGAUCUAAGAACUAUAAACCUCAAGAUGAAUGAAGAGAACCUCACUGUGGCCUGGGACCUCCCCAUGAAGCCCCUCUCCAAACUGAAGGAAUAUGUGGUGCAAUACAAACAAGUGGAGUCAAGCCUAGGCCAAGGAUUUGAUUGGGUCAAAGUGACCAAUAACCAGAAAACAGUGUUUUUUAAAGGUCACUUUACAAAGCACACUCCCUUCCAAGUGUCACUGUUCACAAUAUCCCACAACAUGACAGUCCGUUACCUUUCAUCAGUCAUUGGAUAUUCUCUUGAAGGAAUUCCCCCCAGUGUGCCCUCGUUUCAAGCAUUUUCUAUUGCUUCCACUUGGGUGACCCUGUUUUGGACGGCUGUUCCCUUAUCCAAGCAGAAUGGGCUGAUCCAGUACUACCUAAUAGGAUUAGGAGAAGAAAAAGUGUACAAUGUGACCUCACACCCACAGAGUCCAAAUGGGACUUAUACGCUGAACUCUCUGAGUCCAGGUCAGGAGUAUGAGGUGUGGAUAAGAGCUGUGACUAAGGCCGGGCCUGGAGCAAAAGCCACCACAACGUUCAAAACCGAAAAUGAUGAUCUUUUAAAACUAGUCCUGCUUCCACUAUUGUUUAUCGGUUUAAUAUGUGCUGCGUUUGUCUGCUUUUGCUUGGUAGCAGAAAACAAAAUGUGUCCCAAGGUGAAUUUAUUGUUCAAUGGGAAAGUGCCAGAUCCCCGCAACAGCAACAUCUUCAGAGGGAUGAAGCACCAGAUUAUUGACCCAUUUAGCUCGAUCUGCAGACCCAUCCCCGAGCCGCAUCCCAAUAUCUCUGUUUUGGAGGUUGUUAAAAUCCAGCCUGAUGCUUUCAAGUCCACGCCGAACGAAACCUCAGACCAAGAAGAUGCGAGGGAGGAUGCUGUCACAAAGGAGUGUGGAAGGAUGGACCACAGUCAUGGACGAGAGGAGUACAGCAAGAUGGUUGACUCUGAUGAGGAGAGGGACAGAGAGGAGGACAAGGAGGAUUGUUGGAGCUCAUCAGAGGAAGACCAGUGUACACCAGGUUAUGAAAAGCACUUCAUGCCCACUGCCUUGGAAAUACUGGAUAUUUGAUGAUGUCUCCAUAUUGCUCAGUGGACAUUUACAUCAGAUGUGUGUUCAUUCUUUUUUUUAUAAUGUGCAGAAUUCAGAUUUUUAGAUGAUGACCUCUGUGCAGGUUUAUGUAGCCUUCCUCUGCAGGACCCUGGAUGCUGGACACUUUUAUACGUUUAUUUUUUAUAUUUGUUUCACCAUUUGGUGAUCAUGUUGGUUUUUCCUAUUUCAGUUACAACUUUUGUCGUUCCCCAUUUUGUCUUUGUAUUGACCCUGACUGUGAGAAUAUAAAGCCAUUGUGUUUUUUAAGAGGCAGAAAUAUUACACAUUUUCUACAAACUGACAAUGAAAUGUAUGUAUUAACCCUGGAUGGAACCCUAAUAUACUUGACCUCGAGAUCAUCCACCCGCAAACUUGAAGUGGCUUCAGAAGAGGCACUCUGACUGAAGAUCCUGCCCAGUAUUAAAUGAUCAUCUGAACACCUCAUCACAGUAGAUUCAUCUGUAAAAUGUUAAAAUAAAAUUCCUGGAAUGGC